AGAAGUCCUCGCCGGUCUGACAGCUAACGAGUAGACCCAUCGUCUUCUCUUGAGUGGAGAGUUGUCAAUUUAACAUCCUCUGCAUCCGUUCCUAAAAGCAGUUGACUGUCAUUUGGGCAUAUCAUCUUCGAUCAUGGCUGCCUACAAGUUAGUGUUGAUCCGCCACGGAGAGAGCAGCUGGAACCAGGAGAAUCGGUUCUGCGGCUGGUUCGAUGCGGAUCUCAGUGAGACCGGGGAGAAGGAGGCGAAGAGAGGUGGACAGGCCCUGAAAGAUGCCAGCUUUGAGUUUGACAUUUGCUACACCUCCGUGCUGAAGCGAGCCACCAGGACACUGUGGCUGGUCCUGGACGGCAUUGACCAGAUGUGGGUGCCAGUGCAUCGGACCUGGCGGCUCAAUGAGCGCCACUACGGAGGCCUGACUGGGCUAAACAAGGCAGAGACGGCCGCCAAGCACGGAGAGGCUCAGGUGAAGAUCUGGAGGCGCUCGUUUGAUACCCCACCUCCUCCCAUGGGCCCAGACCAUGACUACUACAGUAUCAUCAGCAAGGAUCGUCGCUACGCAGACCUGACUGAGGACCAGCUUCCUUCCUGCGAGAGCCUGAAGGACACCAUCGCACGGGCGCUGCCCUUCUGGAACGAGGAGAUCGCCCCUCAGAUCAAAAAGGGAAAGAGGGUGCUCAUCGCUGCCCAUGGAAACAGUCUGAGGGGGAUUGUUAAGCACCUGGAGGGAAUGUCAGACGAAGCCAUCAUGGAGCUGAACCUGCCAACGGGCAUCCCCAUCCUCUACGAGCUCGACAAGAACCUGAAGCCCGUGAAGCCGAUGCAGUUCCUGGGAGAUGAGGAGACUGUACGCAAAGCCAUGGAGGCCGUUGCUGCUCAAGGAAAGGCCAAGAAGUAAAGGCGCAGAAAAGCCCUCUUUGUGUAUGACAGAGUAGUUUGUCCUCAACAACUGACCGCAGUUCAGGGUUUUUGCUAAAUCCUCACUUAUUCUUGAUUGUAGUACAUGAUGAGUAAACUGUAGAUUGUUGUCAAAGGCAACCUCACUCUUCUUGCACAGUGCAGGGGUAGUAGAUGUUGAAUGAUCAUGACAUAUUAGGGUCAGGGGAGACACAGCUCUCAAGAGAUUGUAAAUAUUGUUUUGCUAAAAUUGCCAAUUAAUGUGACAACCUUUUUAAGGUUCAGAGUUUAAGGUUUCAUUUAUUGUCAUUGUACAACACAGGGUUGUGCAAGGAAAUGCAGUUUGUAGUCCCACAUUGCUACAUGAGAAAAACACAAAAAAAGCAAAACUAUCGUACUCUCUUUUCUGAUGUUGAUGAGUAUAUAUUUGUCAUAAAUGCAGCAAAGUUUAUGGGAGCUAUCGGCUGCCACAUUUCCAUGCACUGCUGUAGAAUAAAUCAGUUCCUGUACUGUGCCUUUAACAGUCAAGGAGGUAUAGCGUUCAACUGAAAUUGAUAGCAUUGCUGACAAAGGCAGUUUCUUAUCUGUGUACUUGAAUAUUUAAGUAAAAGCCUUUUUAAUAUUCAAAAUGUAUUUGGUUUGCUCAUGCUUAAACUGAAUAUCUCUAUGAGAUACUGUUUUUGAUGGUAGUGAGGAAGUUGUACCAAUGUGUGUCUGAUCAUACUGUCUUCAUCAUUAGCUGCCCAGGACAACAUUAUUAUUUAUUGGACCGGAUAUUGUAUUCUAUUAUAAAUUAAAGAAGACUUUAUGAGACCUUUUUUUUUUUUUUUCUGAAAGGGACUGAUGCUAAAGAUGGACAACUUAAUUUCUUUAUCACUUUUUAAAGCAAUUCAUUGGUGCAUUCCAUUGAUAAUAAGUUCCCAAUCUCUUGAGAGCCGGAUGGGACAGUUGGGACAACUAAACAGUCCUUUUCUCUUAUUGUCUCUGUGUAUGAAUCGUAUUUGUGCCGCGUCCUUGUAUGUUGUUGUGUCUUUGUUGAGUGUGAAAAUUUGUGUUUUUCUUUUAGUGUUUCAUCAAGUUAAGUCUAAUUUAAAUGGUGCCAAAUACUGCAUUGCACUGUAUAGGGGAUAAAUCCAUUAUUUGGAUUAUAGCCUUCCCAGUUUCACAGUACCAUUGUGAGGCACGAUUACCAGAAGAUGAGAGUUUUAAUUUAAACAUUAUUUUUGUUACUCUGUUUGGCUGCCUUUGGUCUGUCUUCGCUUCUUGGUGUUGUAGUAUUUAUGUGCCUGCAGCUCUUAUUCCUACAGUAAAUGCCUACAGCUGCCCUUACUGCCUGAUGAGGAAGCAGUGGUGGUUUUUGAAAAACCGUCUGAUAGGAUUUCAUUUGAAAAGUCCUAAUAUGUGCUACAGUAUUUUUCUUUUCCAAAUGUAAUUCCCUCUGUGUUGGUUGUAUGUAUCUGAAAUCUUUGGUGGUAAUACAUUUACAAAUCCAA